AUGAGCGGCGCCGAGCACGUCGCGGACCAGACGCUGCCCUCCACGCUCUCCAUCCUGCCCCUCAAGAACCGCAUCCUGCUUCCGUCCUCCGCCAUGAAGCUCCUGCUCACCUCCCCGAGGUCCGUGGCGCUCGUCGACGCCAUCCUGUCGUCCACGUCCGCCGGGAGUGGCCACCACCACUCGCUCUACGUGGGCGUGGUGCCGACGCGGAGGGACCCGCGGGCCAACUCCAACGCGUUCGCCGCCGCCAACGGGAUGCUCGACGACACCGACGACAACGAGGACGCGCCGCAUCACGCGGGCGGCGAUCACGAGGACGAGCGCGCGCGGCUCCACGACGUGGGCACCGCCGCUCGCAUCGUCCAAAUCUCGCGCAAGGACUCCCCCGUCCGGUCCUACACACUCCUCCUCGAGGGACGCUGCAGGUUUGGCCUCGACAAGCUCACCGCCGUGCACCCCUUCAUCGUCGGCGAGGUUCGACAGCUCGACGCCGCGGGAGGAAGCCAAGGGGACCCGGAGCAGGACGAUCCGGAGCUCGCCGCCGUCGCCGCUUCGUUUAAAGAUCGCGCGAGGGAGCUGGUGGACCGGCUCGAGCGUCGCAAGGGCCACGCGCGGCGGCUCAAGUCGAUGCUCGAGUCCGCCCCGGCGCACAGACUCGCGGACCUCUUCGUCGCCGCGUUCGAGGACUCCUUCGACGCCAGGCUGGAGCUCCUGUCCACGACGUGCCCGAAGGAGCGCAUGCGCAGGGCGCUGUCCCUGGUGGAGGCGCACCUGGGCCAGCUGGACGUCACCACGGACAUCGCGAAGCGCGUGGAGGGGCGGCUGUCCAAGACGCAGCGCGAGUACCUGCUGAGGCAGCAGAUGCAGGCCAUACGCGAGGAGCUCGGCGAGACGGACGGCGCCGGGGGCGAGGAGGACGACCUGGACCAGCUCCAACGACGCCUUCACGACGCGGCGCCGCCCGACGAAGUCCUCAAGCAGGCCACGCAGGAGCUUCGCAAGCUGCGGAAGAUGACGGAACAGGCGCCGGCGUACGGGUCGACGCGUUCGUGGAUCGAGUGCGUGGCGAGUUUGCCGUGGAGCAAGGAGGCGGCGGCGGAUGCGCACGAGGUGGCCAUGGUCGAGGCCAGAGCCGUUUUAGACGAGGAGCACUACGGACUCGACAAGGUGAAGGAUCGCAUCGUCGAGUACCUCGCCGUGCGAAGGCUCCGGCCGGAGGCGAGGCCGCCCAUCCUGUGCUUCACCGGCCCGCCCGGCGUGGGCAAGACCACGCUCGCGAGGUCCAUCGCGAGAGUCUUGUCCAGACCGUUUCAGCGAAUAUCGCUCGGCGGCGUGAGAGACGAGGCGGACAUCCGCGGCCACCGACGAACGUACAUCGCGUCGAUGCCCGGGCGCCUCAUCGCGGGACUGCGCCGGUGCGGCGUGAAAGACCCGGUGUUACUCCUGGACGAGCUCGAUAAGAUGGGCGCGGACUCGCGCGGGGACCCGGCGGCGGCGAUGCUCGAGGUUUUGGACCCCGAGCAGAACCACGCGUUCACCGACCACUACCUCGGCGUCCCGUUCGACCUGUCCCGGGUCACGUUCCUCGCCACCGCGAACGACCCGAGGACGAUACCCGGCCCGCUCCGCGACCGCAUGGAGAUGAUCGACGUCCCGGGGUACACCUCCGAGGAGAAGCACCACAUCGCCAUGACUCACGUGGUGCCGAGGGUCCUCGACGAGCACGGGCUGCUCCGCCCCAAGCCGAGGCUCACGAUUCCCCGCGAGGCCGUGGAGGUUGUCGUGAGGAGCUACACGAGAGAGGCGGGCGUGCGGGGCCUGCAACGGUGCCUCGCGUCGCUCUGUCGCGCGGCGGCGGUGCACGCGGCGCAGGCGUCAGACCAUAAAGCCGUCGAGGGAGGCGGAGGCGGAGGCGUCGGAGGCGUCGGAGGCGUCGUCCUCGCCUCGCCCCCCCAAGCGCCCGUAUCCCCCGCCGCGCUGCACCCCGCCGCCGCGGCGCUCUCCCGCAUCGGCCCCGACGGCGUGCCCGUGGUCACCAGGGAGCUCAUCGAGAAGGUGCUCGGUCCCCCGCGGUACGACGGCGCCAGCGACGACCUUCGCUCCAGCGGGCUCGUCCCGGGCGUCGUCGCCGGUCUCUCCUGGACCGCGGUGGGCGGGGAUAUCAUGUACAUCGAAGCCGCGGUCAUGCCCGGCGCGGGUUCGCUGCAGCUGACGGGUCAGCUCGGGGACGUCAUCAAGGAGAGCGCGCACAUCGCGAUGUCCUGGGCGCAGGGCGGGCACUGGCCCGUCCGCGGCCAUCACGGCGGCGACGGGUCCCCGGGCGGUCACGGCUUACUUCGCGGUCGCAACGUCCACAUCCACCUCCCCCAGGGCGCGAUACCCAAGGACGGGCCCAGCGCGGGAGUCACCAUGUGCUGCGCCCUCGUGUCGUUGUUCAGCGGGAGGCCCGUGCGCGUGGACACCGCGAUGACCGGCGAGGUUUCUCUGCGCGGGCUGGUGCUCCCCGUCGGGGGCAUAAAAGAGAAGCUCAUCGCGGCGCAUCAAAACGGAAUCGCGCGAGUGCUGGUCCCCGCGAGGAAUCUGAGCGACGUCGAGCACGAGGUGCCGGAGAGCGUGAGGGCCGAGUUGAAGAUCGUGCCGUGCGCGACGAUGGCGGACGUGCUGGAGAACGCGUUCGAGGGUGGGUACAGGCUGGCGAUGCCGUCCAAGCUGUGAGGAGUAAACCAAGCUGUGAGGAGUAAACCGAGCUGUGAGGAGUAAACUGUCGGAGUUUACCACGGCGCGACGCAUUCUUUUUUGUUGUACAGUCAGAGAGGAGACGGCUCGACGAGCCGCCCGGCCCGCACGUUCGCG